UUUGUUACAAGAUCUACUACAAACCUGAAUCAAUGUAGUAAAACUCUCUGCAUUAACGUUUACAAGUUACAGAAAUUUCCUAUAAGUCUUUUCGGAAAAAAGAAAUUUCCUAUAAGCACCAUCUGCCUCACCUAAUCCUUCAUAGCAAGAAAAGGUUGGCAAGACACAGAAAAGCAAGAAUGAAUGCGUCACGUACUCUUGUGUCACUUUCCCUACUCUACCUGUGCGCCGUGACUCUCUUGCUCUCGUCAGCGUCAGCCGAGCCGGCGCUGCUCAGCCCUGCCGCCGCCGGUGACAGAUGGCCCGCGGACUCGCCCGCCGGGACACCGAUGGCCGUGGAAGUGACAUUGGGAGGUACAGAAGACGAUGCCGCCGCCGCGGACGUCGUCGCUGACGGGAUCGCGGUGCCGCCUCUGGGGAGGCAAAGGUUCAGGCCUCGCCACCCUUCCGCGCUCAGCCCGGAGGCGAGGCGGGGGCUGGAGCACGAGGCUCGCUGCGGCCCUCGCGUGCCGGUGCCGCGGGGAUUCCCGUGGCCCGGGUGGAAGCCGCGCUGCUGUGGGCGUGGCGAUGCCACCGUCGCGCCGGGCGUGCAGCAGCUGCUGCCUACGUACGACGAGCCGUAGCAGUCGGCAGCGUCAGCAACCACGCAGUAUCGUUCUGCUAUCGACAUGCACCGUCUCACGUAGUCACGUGCCAAGAAAAGAU